GCGAACCUCGUCGAACUAUCACAUCAGCAUAUCUGUCUGACGAACCACCAUGUCGAGACUGACUAUCAUUUUAUCUGCCGCUCUAGUAGCUGUUGUGUCUGCUGGCCGACUAGAUCAUCUAACUCAAGGAUUUGGAGGUGCCGGCGCAUAUAAUGCUCCUCCAUCCCAGUACGAGAAUAUUAAUAAUGGAGAUGGCACUUACCGUUUCAGUUACGACACUCCUAGUGGAAUUUCAGCUCAUGAGAGGGGUUCUCCCCGGGCUGCUGGACCUGAAGGUCCAGCUGUGACUGCUGAAGGCGGGUUCUCGUACCGCGCUCCCGAUGGUCAACAGAUCUCGCUCACGUACACAGCUGAUGAGAAUGGCUUUCAUCCCGUAGGAUCCCAUAUCCCCACACCACCGCCCAUUCCAGAGGCCAUACUCCGCUCUAUUGAAUUCAACAGACAAAAUCCGUCUUCAGAUAAUGGUGCUUACAAUGGGGGAAGGAAUGCCUACCGCUAUUAAGUCAUAUUUAUAAGAUAACAAUGUCAGCUUACCUCAGAACAUGGACUGUGAUAUCGAUGCAAAUUAUUAUUAAUAAUUUAUCUAA